AUGUCGUCUGCAGAACCCGCGCAGGAGCGGAAGGGCCCCGUGAAACCUCAGCGGGUCCUCGCCUGCGUCCUGUGCCAGCAGAGAAAAGUGAAAUGCGAUCGAAGAUUCCCCUGUGCCAAUUGCAACAAGGCCGGCGCCCAAUGUGUGCCUGCGGUCGCUGUCGGCCCGCGCCGCCGCCGAAGGUUUCCUGAGCGAGAACUGCUGAGUCGCCUUCGGCACUAUGAAGACCUGCUGAGCAAGAACCGCAUCAAGUUCGACCCAAUGCAUCCAGAUGAGGCAGAUCAUGCAUCGGUUGAUGCCGAUGACAAGAACUCUGACCACCGGGAUGACUCAAAAUCAGAAUCGGAGCCGACUUCUUCUAUUGCGGAGCCCUCCCCCGGAGAGAGAACUCCGACCAAAUCUAGACAGUUCAAUAUAUGGCGUGCUCUAAGUAAAAAGACAUUGGACCCAGAGAAGGGUUCCAUCUAUGACGACGAUGAUGAUGAAGAUGGCGACUCAUCCGACGACGCUCGUGAUGUCCAUGCUGAAGUGAUAGCCAAGGCUUGGGAUCGCACCUUUGAAGGUCGGGGCAAUGACCACCUGCUUUUUGGCUCGCCCGAGUCAAACGUGGAUCUCUCGACGCUGCAUCCUCAACAGGCUCAGAUCUUUAGGCUCUGGCAAGUAUAUCUUGAGAACGUCGACCCGCUUCUCAAGGUCACCCAUGCGCCGACCCUCCAAGCGCGCCUCAUUGAUGCUGCGUGCGACACACCAAACAUAAGUCCUCCUUUAGAGGCACUCAUUUUCAGCAUCUAUGCUCUCUCCGUCAUGAGUCUUGAUGACGAGAAAUGUCUCGAGCUAUUUGGUCUUGCCAAGACGGAUCUUCUGAGCACAUACAGAUUUGGAUGCCGACAGGCAUUGCAAAACUGCAAUGUUUUACGAUCCAGCGAUCGUGAUGCCUUGACAGCCUUGUUGCUUUACCUACUUGCUGUGCGGUCCGAGACGGAUCCUCGGUCACUUUCAUCCAUGCUCGGUAUGGCUGUCCGGGUUGCCAAACGGAUUGGCAUUCACAACAAAACGACAUAUGAGCGCUCAGACCCCCUCGAAGCCGAGAUCUCCCGGAGACUCUGGUGGUCACUAGUUAUGUUCGACAACCGCAUCUGUGAGAUGUUCGACUAUCAGAACUCGUCCUUGGUCCCUACGUGGGAUUGUGAACUGCCCCUGAAUGUCAAUGACACCGACAUUUGGUUGGAAAUGAACAACCCUCCAGCGGCACAUCAGCGACCAACAGAAGCGCUCUUUGCUGUCGUUCGCAGCGAUCUGGGCGACCUGAUCCGACACAGCUCUUUCCACAUCGACUAUAUCAAUCCUCGACUGAAGGCUCUGGCCAAUUACGGCAGGUUUGGCUCCAUUCCCGACGCGGAUAAGCUCGCAGCCCUGGAGAAGAUCAUUGAGGACAAGUACCUCGCAUUCUGCAACCAAGAAAAUCCUAUUCAAUUCUUGACCUUGUGGUUCACGAGAGGCUCAUUUUCAAAGUCACAUCUGCUGGAGUACUACUCUAGAAAUACAAAAACGGAAGGGCAGCAGGCCGAAUCGCGGCGCAAUACCAUGAUUUUCCACGCCAUACGGAUGCUCGAGUGUGAUACCAAACUCAUCAAUUCGCCACUAACCAGAAAGUAUUGGUGGUUUGUCGAGUUCAAUUUUCCAUUCCCGGCUUACAUGCACCUCCUUCAAGAGUUGAAACAACAUCCUACGGCAGAGCAUGUUAUGCGAUGUUGGGAUGUGAUGAGCAAGAAUUACGAACCUCGUUCUGCUAAUUUCAGAAAUGGCAAGAGUCCUAUGAAAGUCAUCUUCUCCCGAAUGAUUCUUCAAGCCUGGAGAGCUCGCGAGAUGGCUAUUGGGUCGGGGGCCGACCUGGGGCCUGUCCCCGGAAUGGUGGCAGAGGUGAAGCGGGUAAUGGACACAGAACUAAUAUUCCCACAACAGCAAAAGUCGGAAAUCGUCAAAGCGACCAUGGAUCUCAACCUCAGUGGGCUUGAAAUGCCACUGUCUGACCCUCUAGGCCUGGAGCCAUUGCAGGGACCAGUGAUCCCCAAUUUUGGGACCAACUUGCCAUGGAGCUACGACGGCAUCUCGCGACAAGGCGUUGUAGACGUAGGCAUGGACCAACUGGAUUGGACUACCAUGGACUGGAAUUCCAUGUAUCCAGGUCAUGGCAUUUAA